AUGAUGGUUCGAACAUUGACUCGCUUGUAUAGUACUCAAAAUGUAGGAUCUUUUCGCCUGUUUGAUAAUCCAAUGAGACAUCACCACCACCAGCAACAAAACACAACCGCGGCAGGCGGUAAUAACGAGCACGUGGAUGAUGUCGAUGAUAAUCUGCAACCAAGUGAAGAUAAAUCAAUGGGGCAACAAAAUAUAGGAGAGUCUGUGGUAGAAACUCCCCAGGAGUGGCCACAAACAGAUAUGGAGCAGAUGAAGGAAAGGUUUUCUAAGUUGCUUCUGGGAGAAGAUAUGUCAGGAGGAGGCAAAGGUGUUCCUUCGGCUUUGGCUUUGUCAAAUGCAGUGACAAACCUAGCAGCAUCUGUUUUUGGGGAACAAGUGAAAUUAGGACCUAUGGCACCAGAAACCAAAGCAAGGUGGAGAAAAGAAAUGGAUUGGCUUCUAUCUGUAACUGAUCACAUUGUCGAAUUAGUUCCUUCGCAACAGAAAACGAAAAACGGAACGAACAUGGAGAUUAUGGUCACGAGACAAAGGAGUGAUCUGCUUGUGAACAUACCUGGUCUAAGAAAACUCGACACGAUGCUUAUAGAGACUCUUGAUGGCUUUGGACAAGAAAAAGAAUUUUGGUAUGUCUCUAAAGAUGAUGACCAAGAGAAUGAAAACGGUAAAAGGGACGAUAAAUGGUGGCAUCCAACUGUUAAAGUACCUGUAAACGGGUUAUCGGAAAUGUCACGGAGAUGGCUGCAGUGUCAAAAGGAGUCAGUAAACCAGGUGCUAAAAGCAGCUAUGGCUAUCAAUGCUGAAGUACUAUCUGAAAUAGAGAUACCUGAAAGUUACAUUGAUUCACUCCCCAGGAACGGAAGAGCGAGCCUCGGUGAUUCGAUCUAUAAAGGCAUUACGGUGGACCACUUUGAUCCAUCACAAUUCCUUUCGACUAUGGACUUGUCGACGGAACACAAAGUUCUUGACCUUAAGAAUAGGAUUGAGGCUUCCAUUGUCAUUUGGAAGAGGAAGAUGCACCAAAAAGACGGUAGGUCUUCUUGGGGUUCAGGUGUUAGCUUGGAAAAAAGGGAACUCUUCGAAGAAAGGGCGGAAACUAUUUUAAUCUUGUUAAAGCAACGUUAUCCCGGACUUCCACAAUCUUCACUCGAUAUAUCUAAGUUACAAGAUAAUAGGGAUGUAGGACACGCUAUUCUAGAGAGCUAUUCAAGGAUUCUAGAGAGCUUGGCCUUCAAUGUCAUGUCAAGAAUCGAGGACGUCCUUCAUGCUGAUUCCCUUGCUCAAACAUCAUCACCACAAAAAUCCGAGACAUACCCUAGCUCAUCUGAUGAAGAUGCAUUGAGGGUGAGCAGUUCAGACACACCAACACUAUCAGAUUUUAUGGGUUGGGGUAUUGCUUCAAGGAGAAGAAGCUCAACUGAUCUAGAAAUCUACUUUAAGGGUGACAAUGACAAAAAACUGGCCAAGCCACCGGUUAGUUCUACUCAGAAAAAGUCUCCUAAUCUAGAAAAGCUGGAAUCCUUAAGUGGCAAUAGAAGUCCAAAAGGUCGUGAUUGAUAGAUAGAGAAAAUGCAAUAACUGGGAGACAAGUACAUAAAAAUGUAUAUAUAAUUAGAAAGAAAGGUUACCUUAAUAUACAUAUGUUCAGCCCAAAUGUCCAAUGUAGGAUUCCAUUGGGGACAGUAACUAAUGUCCAAAUUUGGACAGGGAAGUGAUUAUAUGACUCUUUUAAGAUUUGAUGUAUUCGGGAACUGCUUUCCGGCUGUCUUCAUCUCUAGUAAACUGUUCUGUCAUUUACCUGGUCUGCAAGUACGUAAAUUUUUUGCCUCAAAAUGCACCAUGAAACUAAAUUAGUUCUAAUGCUGAACCCUGAGUCACUUGUCUGCACAUGUGAAGAAGAAAAGCGGCACUCUUUAGUGUCGAGUUCAUGCUUGUCUAUGACUUUUACUGGACAUGGAGCAGUUUAAUCCCUACAAUAAUGAACCGGUUAGAAACAUGGAAGAUCAAGCUAAUGUCUAUAGGUGUAUGUGCGUAUGUAUAUCACUCUAAUGUUGCGUAGAUAAGGAGAGUCAACAUACCUUGGUUCUUCAUUCAAUUUCUCAAUGGUUGCUACUGUUGCUAUCGGUAUUUCGAAAAAGGAGGAGCAAAUUAACAUAAAAGAGUAAGAAUAAGAGUUCAAUACAUGGAGAAAACUAGGUACUUAAAACAUAAUCAAGAUAGGAGAAUUGGAAUGCUAUAUAUAUAACACUGGUGAUGUCUUGGCAAAUUUGGAUUGCACUUUGGCAAAUUUGGAUAUUUUCUCUCCAGAAAGAAACGGCUUCCGAUGGGCAAAAACCCUGCUAAAAUAAACCAUAGUUCAAUAUAAACUCGGCUCAGGCACUUCAAAACUAUACAACUAAAAACAGAUUCCUACUGGUAGUCCAAUACAAUUUCCAAAACUUUACACGAAAGCCACUUGUUUCAUAUUUGAAAGUCGAUUACACAGUUGCCAAGCAUCUCUGCAGUUUCUAUUUCUGAUAGAACUGUGUGUUGAUCGGAGGAGACAGAAGCAAACGAAAUACUGGUGAUGU